GUAACAUAGCAUUAACAGUAAACAAAGCGUACGCCAACACGAAAGACGUGUUUGCUCCACGCAGUUAUAUACAAAAUUCAAUUUUUACGUCGAAUUGACAACAACUACGCAAAUUUGCAAAUUGAACAAAAGUAGCGCACAAUGACAAGGCGUAUAGAUGAAAUGCAAUCCAGUUGUCCUUUGAAAAUUCACAAAUGAACCAAAGAUGCUUAUAUAAACGUGCAGAACUUUCACGAAACUAUUACACAGAAAAUAAAAGGGAACAUCAAACAACAAGAAACAAAAUGAACAACAUGCACAACGUUAAAGCCCCAAAAUAAAUGUACAGAGGCACGCGAAAAUAACUGCAUCAGUGCAAUUGCUAGGCUAUUAUGCAAACAAUUGCUUCAAAUUCAAAUACACAUAACUAAGGGGCCUUCAAAGAACAAAGAAGUUAAGAAACUAAAUUAAACGAAUCGAUUAGCGUGACGCGUAACAGAAGUCAAGUGUUUUAGUUAAUAUUAUUGACUUUUAUUUAAAUCAACAUGGACUCGGGCAGCAUUAUGGAUAUUUAUGCCAUUUAUUUGUUUCGACCCGGAAGUUCGCCCGUUGAUUGGUGCGAGGGCAAUUAUUUAAUAUCUUCAAAUAUCGCAGAGUUCGUCAACACGUUCAGCAACUUUCUGUUUAUUCUACUGCCGCCAGUGCUGAUAAUGCUGUUUAAGGAAUACGGAAAAUUCGUCACGCCCGGAAUACAUUUGCUGUGGGUUCUGCUAAUUGUCGUGGGCCUGAGCUCGAUGUAUUUCCAUGCGACGCUGAGUCUAUUGGGACAGCUGCUCGAUGAAUUGGCCAUAUUAUGGGUGUUUAUAGCCGGAUUCUCGCUCUUCUAUCCCAAGCGCUACUAUCCCAAGUUCGUGAAGAACGAUCGGAAAGCCUUUAGUUGGCUCAUGCUGAUAUCGGCCAUUAUCGCGACGGCUUUGUGCUGGUGGAAGCCCAUUGUAAACGCCUUUGUGCUGAUGCUCAUGGGCGUGCCGACAAUGAUAAUGCUCUACAGUGAGCUGCAGCGAGUUCGUGAUCAGCGCGUCUAUCGCCUCGGCCUGAGGGCGACAACAGUUUGGGCCGUGGCCGUGUUCUGUUGGAUCAACGAUCGAAUGUUCUGCGAGGCUUGGUCCUCGAUCAAUUUUCCCUAUCUGCACGGCUUCUGGCAUAUAUUCAUAUUUAUCGCCGCCUAUACGGUGCUGGUGCUCUUCGCAUAUUUCUAUGUUGAGUCGGAGCUGCCGCAGCGUCAGCCCUUGCUCAAGUAUUGGCCAAAGAAUGAAUUCGAAUUCGGUAUACCCUUCAUAUCGAUCCGAAAUCCAGAUUCGAAAGAUUGGCACAUCUAUUGCAGCUUAUACAUGCAGGAUUACGACAAUGACCUAAAGGCUUUGCGCUAAGAGUUUGAAUGCUCUUAUCAAUUCUAUUUAUACUAUUCCAGCGAGAAUCAUUUGAAACGUAACAAGAAAACAAAUGAGGAAAACGAAGAGUUUACAGAGAA